AUGGACUAUAAGUUAUGUUAUAACAUCGAGGCUACGGGGCAUUCCGGGGGUAUUUGGGUCUUGAUAGCGACGUCUUGCUCUGCUACGACCUCAGAGUUUGCCUCUCACCCUCAUGCCAUUUCAUUUACGGUGGUUGAAGGGAGCAAGAACUGGGUUUGUACUGCAUUUUAUGCUAAACCUCGGGUGGAACUAAGACAAUGGGUAUGGGCUCAUCUUCGGGAGUUGGGAGGACAGAUUACGCUGCCAUGGCUAGUGCUUGGUGACUUUAAUGAAAUUUUGUUGUCAACGGAAAGUAGAGGUGGUCGCUUUUCACUGGCAAGGGCUUCACAAUUUCUGGAGGUAUUGAAUGAUUGUAACUUUCUCGACAUGGGGGCUAAGGGCCUUCGGUUUACGUGGUAUAGGAAUCAACCUGGGGUAAUGCUUGCAAAGCGUUUAGAUCGUGCGGUGUGUAAUGUAGCAUGGCAAGCUAUGAUUCCGGAAGCAUAUGUCGAAAAUCUGUGUAGGGUCUAUUCUGAUCAUUGUCCACUUCUAUUACGUCUUGACGGCUCAAGGGAAAAGAAUCAGGAACGACCCUUUCGGUUCCAAGCUGCAUGGGCCACUCAUAAAGGUUUUGAGCGAAUUGUUAAGGAGGCUUGGUGUCGAAGCACGCCGACCCUUGCUAAUGGAUUACAAGCUAUUAGAACAGAUGCCAUAAAGUUUAAUAAAUAA